GGAUGGUGAUCUACACCCCAGUGUCUUUUCUUCAUCAGUCAUAGAUAGCCUCUUUCUGCCCUCAUUUUCACAUGUAGAAACACCAUCGCCGGCACUAUCGAUGGGGCCCUCCACCGACACCUAAACAAUGCUAUAAAAUAUAGAUCCUCCCUCCCCAGAAGAUGGCGGCGCAUAUCCAAGUCACCAAGAUCAAGACCCAAGGUAUCAUCCACCAUGACCAACCCUAAGGACUCAAUGAAGUCCACCUGGCGUCAAGCCCCCCGCGACGAAUGGACCAUCCACCACUGGGCCAUCGAAUGCCUAAACGUACACCCAACAGACCUAAACAAGGAGAUCCCCAUCCACCAAAAGGAUGAAAAAGUCCCCUACCUCCCGCAAUGGUCCAUGAACCUCUGGGUGCUCUUCUACAGCGCCCUCCCCCUCCUCAUCCACCAAGCCUACACAACCUACACGGGCCACCACCCAGGCCCCAUAGCUGCCUUCAACUUCUACUUCAUGGCCUUCAACGUCAUCGUCAUCUACGAAGUCCACAUCCUCCGCCGAAUGGGCCACAUCCACGGCUUCCUAGACGGCGACAAGCACGAGCGCGACGGCGUCCCCGACGUCGGCAUCGGCAAGGUCGUCACCUCCCUCUACAAAACAACUGGCUCCCGCAUCGCCCUCGCCGUCUACCUAACCUACAACCGCAACCAGCUCCCGGCAAACCUCAACUGGCUCUACCUGCCCCUCCACAUCGGGCUCUACGGCAUCGUCCUCGACUUCUGGUUCUACUGGUACCACCGCCUCAUGCACGACGUCAGCUUCCUCUGGAAAUUCCACCGCACCCACCACCUAACCAAACACCCUAACCCGCUGCUUGCCGCCUACGCAGACCACGAACAGGAGUUCUUCGAUAUGGUCGGCAUCCCUACCAUGACUUAUUUCAGUAUGAGAGCCAUGGGCCUGCCGCUCGGUUUCUACGAGUGGUGGGUGUGCCACGCAUACAUCGCUUUCACGGAGGUGCUGGGGCAUAGUGGGCUAAGGGUUCAUUUGUCUGCGCCGUCGACGCUGGCCUGGCUGUUGAGGUUCUUUGAUGCGGAUAUCACAAUCGAGGAUCAUGAUCUGCAUCAUCGGAAGGGGUGGCGCAAGAGCCACAAUUAUGGGAAGCAGACGAGGCUCUGGGAUCGGGUUUUUGGUACUUGUAUUGAGCGGGUUGAGGGUGGGGAGGGGAACGUCGAUUAUGCGAAUACGGUUCAUAUACCCCUUUUUUGAUCUAGAUGCCGUUGGAUUUUUUUUUCUUUUAGACAUUGAUUUUUAGUUAGUUGGGUGGGUGAAGGGGUUGGGGUCUUUGAUGGUUGUGUUUCGUGAGCUCUGGGUCCUUUCUUUGGGGAAGGGGAUUUUGCAGGGGGGCGUGGUGCGGGUGCCUGGAUGCUGUGAAACAGGGGUUGUGAGCUGGUUUCAUAUAUGACACUUGACUGUUGGAAAGACUCAAAGAGAAAGGGGGAGUAGAAGGACAAAAGCUUGCGUUGGUCAAGGACGGUUGAGCUGCCGUCGUACAUAGAUAGACAUGCCCCUGUACGAAUUCGGAAUAUAUAUGCUCUCUUUAUUAUAGCAUAGAUCUAUAUACUAUAUG